GUGGGCCCGGCAGCGCGGGGCGAGCCCGCCCCGCACCGUGAUGUGGCCACAGGAGGGGCUUGCUGGGCUCCGGCUCCUGGCUCUCCCCGGAGGGCUUUAGAACGGCCACUCUUGCACUUGUCAUGGAAUUAAAGAAAACUACCUCCAGGCCGUACAAUGCUGCUCUCCUGCUGCCACUUUUCCUCUUGUUUUGGGGAACUUCAUACUCUGAAAAUGACAGUGGCUGUUCCUCAUCCCCAUGUGAGAAUGGGGGGAGCUGUAAGGAUUUGGAGGUGGGUUACCAGUGCACGUGCCCUGUGGAGCCUGUAGCCUACGUGGGCAUAAACUGUGAACUCCUGUAUGAUGCUUGCACUGAACAUGGCUGUCCUGCCCACAUGACCUGCAGCCGGACUCCAGGAGUGCUGGAAUAUGACUGUGUGUGCCCGGCUGGCCCUGCAGGUGCUGCCUGUGGCAGCGUUGAUGAGUGUGAGAGCAGCCCUUGCACAGACCCUCGGUUGGAAUGUGUGGAUAGCCCAGCUGGAUACUCCUGUAGGUGCCGGCCGGGCCCCUCUGGAGGAGGCUGCCAGGCAGAGAGCUCCGUGUGCUCCAGCCAGCCCUGCCUGAACAACGGCACGUGUGUGGCAGCUCCGGGCGGCUUCCGCUGCCUCUGCCCGCCCGGCUUCAGCGGGGCCACCUGCGGGGACGACAUCGACGAGUGCGCCUCGGGGCCGUGCCGGAACGGGGCCAUCUGCAGGGACAGCGCGGGCGAGUACAGCUGCUUCUGUGUGCCCGGCUUCCAGGGCUCCCACUGCGAGAUCGACAUCGACGAGUGCGCGUCCCGGCCCUGCCGCAACCACGGCACCUGCCUCAACCACAUGGACCGCUACGAGUGCCAGUGCGCGCCCGGCUAUGCAGGUGUGAACUGUGAUACUGAAAUAGAUGAAUGUGCUUCAGACCCUUGCCAGAAUGGGGCCCUGUGCAAUGAUCAUGUUGGGUUCUACACCUGCACCUGUGCACCAGGUUAUGAAGGAACCCAGUGCGAGGUGGACAUCAAUGAAUGUGAGAGCCAGCCAUGCCAGAGCAAUGGGACAUGUCAUGACCUCAUUAACAGCUACCAUUGUGACUGCAGUGACACUGGCUUCGAGGGGACCCACUGCGAGCUGGACAUCCUGGAGUGUGCCUCUGACCCCUGCCACAACAGUGCCACGUGCCUGGAGGGAAUCAAGGGCUACAGCUGUGCCUGCUGGCCAGGUUACACCGGGCAGCACUGUGAGGAGGAUGUGGAUGAGUGUGUGACAGAGCCCUGUCACAAUGGUGGCCUGUGCCUGCAGCGCUCCAACCCAGCCCACUACGGGACACAGCCCCACUUCCCCAGCAACUUCAGCUACAGCCAAGCAGCUGGGUUCCUGUGCCAGUGCCAGCCAGGCUUUACAGGGGACACCUGCUCUACCAACAUCAACGAGUGUGAGUCCCAGCCCUGCCAGAACGGAGGGCGCUGCCAGGACCUGGUGAAUGGCUUCCUCUGUCACUGCCCACCUGGUUAUUCAGGUGUGGAAUGUGCUGUUAACAUCAAUGAGUGUGAGGAGGGUCCCUGCAAGAAUGGAGCUGUCUGUGAGGAUGGCAUUGCUGACUAUUCCUGCCACUGUGCCCCUGGCCAGGAUGGCAUUACGUGGGGAGGGAAGAACUGCUCUGUCCAGCUCACUGGGUGCCAGACUCACGACUGCCAGAACGAGGCCUUGUGCAUCCCAACCUACCAAGCUGAGAGCCACGGCCACCUGUGCCAGUGCCAGCCUGGUUUCUACGAUACCACGUGCUCCACACCAACAACGUUUUCCUUUGCUUCCAGAGGGUAUCUCCUCAUUGAGCUGCCCGAGGACAGUGAGAGCAGGAGGGGCAUGGGAGGGGCCAGCGUGUCCCUCCGCUUCCGAACCACUUUGCCCAGCGCUGUCCUUUUUUACCGAGGCCGUGAAGCUGAGUACUUGUUCCUGGAGCUCUUGGAUGGUGUCCUGCAUGCAGAGCUGAAGAGGGAGGAUGUUGGGUACCCGCUGCUCCUGAAGGGGCUCAGAGUGGACGAUGGCCAGUGGCACAAAGUGGAAGUUGUUGUGCACAGCACGGUGCAGCUGAAGCUCUGGCACAGCUCUUGUGAGGCCGGGGUCUGCCUGCAGAGCUCUCCUGUCCCACCGGGCACUGCUGUGAUCCCACAAGCCUUCCUGAAUCUGUAUAUUGGAGGUGCUGAGGAUCCAAUGGCCAACAACACACGGAGCCAGCAAGGCUUUGUGGGCUGUCUGGAGGACCUGCAGGUGGACGCUGAGGCUGUGCUGCCUGCGGAUCUGGCACUGGGGGAGUCGUCCCUGGCGAGGCCGGGCUGUGACCGCACCGAGUGGUGCCUCUCCCAGCCCUGCUUCCACGGAGGGAUCUGUGUGGACCUUUGGGCCACCUUCAGGUGCGACUGUGCCAGGCCCUAUGGAGGCCCAGCUUGCUCCUAUGAGCGCCCAGCAGCAACAUUUGGCCUAGAGAAUUCCACCAGCUUUGCCUCUUUCACCCUUUCUGACAGCCUUGGGGCAGACUUCAACCUCUCGUUUUUCCUGCGGAGCCGGAAGCCCGAUGGUUUGUUACUGCAGGCCUGCAAUGGGACAGGCCCCUGCCUCACCCUGUACCUGAGGGAUGGCCAGCUGAGCAUAGAGACGUCCCCUAUGGACACUGUGACCUUUCCAGGGAAUGUGGUUGAUGGGAGAAGACAUUUGAUAGCUCUGUCCUUCCAGGGAGGCUCUGUUGGUGCUCUGCAGUCAGACACGGUGGUGGAGCUGGGGCAGCUGCCAGCACAAGCCCUGGGAGCUGGCUCUGAGGUGUUCAUUGGGGGGCACCCGAACCCCAACAGUGCUGAGCUGUGGGGGGGCUAUUUCAAGGGCUGUUUGCAGGACAUCCAACUCAACAGCCACCAGAUAGAGUUUUUGCAGGUGGAGAAUGACAGUGUGCCACAGGAACUGAAUAGGACUCAAACUGGAAACCUUGUGAAUGGCUGCAUCUCUGAUGACACCUGCCAGUCUGAGCCAUGUCAGAAUGGUGGCAGAUGCAUUGUCACUUGGAAUGAUUUCCAUUGCAGCUGUCCAGCAAAUUUCACUGGGAAAUUUUGUGAAGAGAAAGUCUGGUGUGAAAGUGACCCAUGUCCUAAAGGCACCACCUGCACAGACGUUGUGGCCGGAUAUGUGUGUCUGGCUAAUGCAACAUUCAAUAGUUAUGCUGCCAUCGAAUUUACCACCAACACAUCAGUGACCAGAACUCUGAGCAGCCUCCACGUGGACUUCAGAACCAGAGAUGAAGAUGCUGUUUUGCUUUGGGCUGUGGAAGAGGUGGAUUCCCUCCAGGUAGCCAUUAAGAAUUCCUCCCUGCUUGUUGACAUCAGGAGUGGGAACAGCAUCGAGGGUGUGAGCUUUGUGAGCCCGCAGCCCGUCACAGACGGGGCCUGGCACAGCGUCUCCGUGUCCAUGGAGGAGCCGGCUGCGCUCUCUUCGCGGUGGCUGCUCCGCUGGGACGGCUCGGUGAACGUGACCCUGCAGGGAAGCGCCGGCAACCUCGACUUCCUCAAGAACAAUGCCUCGGUCGUUCUGGCCGAGAAUUUCACCGGCUGCCUGGGCCGGGUGCAGAUCGGGGGGAUCUUCCUGCCCUUCCCGCCCCAGCAGCCGUACCCGCAGGCCGAGCAGUUCCUGCAGGCCGGCCCGGGCAGCGUCCGGCUGGGCUGCUCCGGGGCCGACGUGUGUGCCUCCAGCCCCUGCCUCAACGGCGGCACCUGCCAGGACCUGUUCGACGCCUUCCGCUGUGGCUGCAGCGCGGGCUGGGCGGGGCCGCGCUGCGAGGCCAACAUCGAUGACUGCCAGCCCAGCCCCUGCGUCCACGGGGACUGCGUGGAUGCCGUGGCAGAUUUCCAGUGCGAGUGCUUCCGCGGCUUCAUCGGGAAGAGGUGCGACAUCAACGUGGACGACUGCGUGAGGCACCAGUGCCUGAACGGAGCCACCUGCGUGGACGGCAUUUACGGGUACUCCUGCAGGUGCCCCCCGCAGUACUCCGGACCUCGCUGCGAGUGGCCGUUCCCCCCUCAGCAGUGUGGCAAGAACUUCACCUGCUUGAACGGUGGCAGAUGCAUCACCGAGAGCUGGGGAGCCAACUGCUCCUGCAGGCCUGGCUUCACUGGAAGGAACUGUCAAAUCAACAUAAACGAGUGUGACCCGAACCCGUGCCAGAACGGGGGCACGUGCCAGGACUCGGAGAACAGAUACGAGUGCGUGUGCAGCGCCAGCUUCACCGGCGAGCGCUGCGACAUCAACCAGCGAGUGUGGGCGCACCUCAGCCACUCCUCCGUGGUGGGAGCGGUCGGGGCUGCGGGGGCUGCCCUGCUCCUCGCACUGGCUGUAGCCACGGCGAUUGCCAUGAAGAGGAGGAGAGCGACUCAGGGAACCUACAGCCCGAGCCGGCAGGAGAAGGACGGGGCCCGAGUGGAAAUGUGGAACGUGAUCAAGAUGCCCCCGACCGAGCGGCUGAUCUGAGCUGGGGUCACGCUGGGGGGACAGCUCUGCACGGCCUCGGGCACUGCCCGCUGGCACUGCCUGCUGGCACUGCCCCACGGGCUGCUCGCUGCAGCUCAGCCCACAAAGCAUUCCUAGCAAACUGCUCUGGCUGUGAAGGGCAGUGCUGGGGAGCAAAAACCCCACUGCUGAGGGCCGGGAGAGGGAGCAGUGCCUGUGGCACAGUGGGGACAUGGAACCAGACAGAAGAUGGGGCUGUGGCACAGCCAGAGCCGGCUGGGCCCCUGCUCCUGCAGGCUGCAGAAAAACCUCCCUGAGGCAGGUCCAGUGAACGGGAAUGAAACCACUGCAUUCAGAAAUAAUGUGAAUAAUAAGGUUUUUUCAAAAAGGCACAUGCCUGUGACUCCUCUGCAAAGCUAAGCCAGGUGAGUGAGGGCUGGGAAAUCCUCCCUAGAGCUGCUGCUGCCCUUCCAGCUGGGCCAGGACUUGGCACAGCAGCAAGUCCCACUGGGCGGUGCUGGACAUGGCUGCUGGAGCUUUCUCUGAGACCAGACCAAACCACAGGGAUAUGUGAAGUGCCUUUCUGAUCCUGAGGUGCCAGUUACAGUUUAACCUUUGUGAAAGGAGGACAUUUUCAUGUUGUUGGAUCCGGCUCCACCACUCCCGAGCAGCUUGGACCAUGGAACUGACCCUUGCGAGAGCAGCAGGUGGUACCUGCUGGGGUGAGGAGGGAAGAAAGAAAGAGUUCUGGAGGUGACCUCUCUGGACUGACAGGUUUGGGCUUGCUGGUACAGGAGAGUGGAACUUAGUUAGCCAAUCUUUUUAACCCAAACAAGGGUUGGUGUAAGUGACACAGCAUCUGCUUUCCACUGCACUAACAGGGGUUUGAUUUUGUGGCUUCUCCUGUGUUACUGUUUUAGCUGUUGAAUGUGCUGUUUCUUCUUUAGCAUAAUGUGGCAGAGGCUGUGGAAGGAAAUGCAGCACAGCAGGCCAGGUAAGGCCUAAAGUCAUUAGUGUUUCAGGAUAAUCACAACAACUAUCAAUAAGGAAUAUUUUAGAACAGUGUCUGCUUUUUAAUGUCCAAAAUACUAUUAAAAAUCAGGGUGGGAACCUGCCUGCUGAAGCUUAUUGCCACAAGAAAAUGCUGUUUAUUCUGGUCUGCUUUUGGAUUUUUUUUUCUACUGUAGCUGUAAAUGUUUCUGUAAUUCCAAGCAAAGGGAGGGGCAUGGAAGUACUGCUCACAUGUGUUUGUUUAAGAGCAGGUGUGUCUGUGUAAGAACAGGUCUCUGCAACAGGCAGCUGCUGACAGAAAAAUGAAAAUUUUAGAAAACAGAAAAAACCAGGAGUGGGAGACAGACAAUAUUUUGUCAGUAAGAUCACCUUCCCUCUAGUAGUGGAGAGGAGUCAAAGGUGAGAUCCCAGCUGUGUCUGGCAGUGACAGAGAUGCCCUGGCUGCAGGUGGGAGCCUGUGGCUGCUUUCCUGUGUUCAUCAGCAGUGACUCUGCUGGCUCUGUUCUGUCACUGCUUUGCUCUGGGCAUUCUCCAGCUGCUCUUUCGGGAGCUCCAGCACACUUUGGGAACAGGUGAGGGGGGUGUUCCUGCGCCUUUGUGCACAGGAGGCUCCAGGGCACACAGCUGUGCCAGGACAGUGGGGAACUCCUCCCUGGGCUGAGGGAAGGGGAGCAGGGGUGGGCACAGCCCUGGGGCCCCUGUGCUGCCAGGCAAAGGCCUGCAAUAACCUCAGGGGGGCUCGGGGGGUCUGGGGUCUCUGCCACCUCUGCCCCAGCACCCCAGGGCAGGUCCUGCUUCUGCUUUUUUGCUCCACUCCACAUCUGGUGUUUGUACAGAAACGAGGCAGCAGCAGGAUGGAGAAGAGCCCCAGUUCCUCCAGGCUGUGUCCCAGAGCUCCCCCAGCCCCUGCCACUCCCUGCAAGGCACAAACCCCUGGAGCCCCGGCAGGUCCGGCCGUGCCCACAGCAGCUCCUCAGGGCUGCACCCCAAGCACCCAAAGCCAGUAUUAGCAAAGGUGUUCAAAUACUCUGUCAGUGUCUUGAGCAUUUCUGCAAAAUAAUUUAUGGAAGGUGGUUUUGUUUUUUUCAAUAAUGAACUUAACUUCCUUUUGAUAUUUAAUUUUUGAAUAUAUUUUUUCACAAAACUGGAUUUGCUGUAGUUAAUGAUUAUGAUCCUGAUUUGUUUUUUAAUUGUAAAUUGUAUAAUUUGUAAAUAAUUAGAAUGUCCUUCAAAAGAAAUUUACAAUAAAAUUUGGUUAAAACCAGA